CUGUGCAUGGUAGCGGGAGGGGAAUUUCGAUUGCAUGUAACUGAAGCUAAAAAGGCCUAGGAAGCCUGCAUAAAUGGAUCCUUUUCCAUUCACUGGCAAGGACACUGUUUGGACAUAUCUGAGGACGGUUGCAAACAAAAAACGAACAUUUGAAGAUCCUCUUUAUGCAGAAGGCAAUGCUGCCUGUGGAAUGCAGCUACAAUAUGUAGCUGUCGAUUUGGAUGAGGAAGAGCUGGAGUGCGAGCGGGCGCCGCUGCGGUGCGAGGUGGCCGGCUGCGGCCGCCGGCUGGGCUCGGUGGUCGAGCAGGAGGCGCACUACGCCGCCAGUCACCGGCACAGCUGCGCCAUCUGCCGCGCUCGCCUGCCGUCGCUCCACACGCUGCAGCUGCACCUGGAGGAGAGUCACGACUCGCUGUUUCAGCUGCGCGCCCAGCGUCAGCCAAUGUACGCCUGCUUCGUCGAAUCGUGCGGUGUGCUGUCGGCGGACCCGGUCGCCAGGCGGCAGCACUGCGUCAGCGAACACUGCUUCCCGGCCGACUUCUGCUAUUCGCCCCGCCCCCCAGCUGCGGACGUCAGCGAGCCGCCGCCCCCGACCGUGGGCAUCAGCGGGGCCACGCCCCCGGCCGGCCGGCCGCGCCUGCGCUUCUCGUACCGCGUGCCGGAGGAGGGCGUGAGCUUCGGCGAGCGGGCGGGCCUCUGCGUCCGGCUCUCCGGCGCCGGCCAGCGGCGCAUGGCAACAAGAACAGGUGUGGACGCGGCCCGAGCCCGCUGA